AUGGAUACCCCGCCUCCCUAUUCCGAUGCCCUCAACGGCCAUUUUCAGACACGCAACGAUCCCCGACCGUCAGAUCAUGCAAGCCGAUCAAACAUCAGAAGCCCCUUUAGGGCUUUUAUUAACAAGUUCGACUCCGGCAGAAAUAAACAAGACCACGAAGACCAUACUGAACGAGUUUGGAAGCCUAUAACCUUGAACGCGCCGAUCCUCACAAUUGUUAUCCUCAUUUCCGGAGGCCUGAUUGCUGUUGUCCAGAUUCUACUUGCGAACAGCCAACACGAUGACGGCAUCAUCUUCGCAGCAGAUAUCAACGACCUUCCCCUCAACAAAUCAUUCUCAUACCUCUACCUUCCCACUAUUGUUGCAGUCAUCUACAGCUUUCUGUGGACAUGGAUCGACCUCGAUGCGAAGCGACUUGAGCCCUACUAUCAGCUAUCAAAGGAAGGUGGUGCCCUGGGGAAGGACUCUUUGUUGUUGCAAUAUCCCUUUGAGUUUGUAGCAUCUGUACCGCUCAAGGCAGUCAAAAACAAACACUGGCCAGUUUUCACCGCCUCUUUUGCAAUGGUCCUCAUAUUUUGGGGAGUAACACCUAGCCAAGCAGGCAUCUUCGCCACUGACACCAUCAACCGAACUUUCACCAUGCCUAUGGCUAGAUCGACCGGCCACCUUUCCCUCGCAGAGCAGCAAGACGGCCUAACAGCGACAUACGCACAGUCAGCCUACAACAUUGCCUGGUUGAACGAGACUUUGCCAGCUUUCAUGACUAGGGAUUACAUGCUUGCUCCCUUUGGCCCCCUGGAGACUCUGGCAGAUACGAAAGACGCGGAGACAUGGACGGCACCCACAUUAAUGUAUUCCGUUGAUUUGGACUGCAUACAACCUCAGAAGAUGAAUGAUUCUGGUUUCAUCUCCUACAAAACGGAAGACUGCAACGUGGACCACCCCACAUACCCCUCGGACACGGACAAGGAAUUCGCUACUAUUUACGUAGGUUACGGCUACGAGGAUGGUUUUGCUGAUUGGUAUCUCGGCGCCUAUUGUGGCGCAAAUACUACUGAGAAGUUUUUGGUCCAAUGGACACAGAAGGACUCGACAUACAAGCCAACAUCCCCGUACGAUUCCCCAGUCGCCCCGAUCAAGAAUGAGACAGCACUCUACUGCGAACCGACAUACUUCAGCCAAGCCGUCAACGCCACCGUGUCCGUAUCGGGAAGAAGCCCAGUGGAUGUUGUCGCUACUGGGCCCAAGGUGCCUCUGCGGGAGGACAUCUUCAACACUACCAACUUCGGAUGGGGAAUGGCGUCGGGCAGGCAGAAAUUCAAGAACCGAGGGGAUUAUCCUAUUAUCAGCUGGCCGUCAAUGAAGGAUCAGGUGCAAGAUAUGGAUCUGGACCUCACAUAUCUCGGACCGAUGGCUGGAUUUGCGAUCGCUGCGUACCAGCGCUCGGCUAUCGACUAUCUGGAUCCGGAUCUUUUGAAAGCUUCUUAUCAAGCCGCAUACCGCUUAUUGUUUUCUCGCCAGAUGGUGGACAUUUUGAGCAAUGAACUCGACAGCUCGACAACAAUGACGGGAGUUCGACAGUACACUUCAAGAGCGGUCAUUGUCGUUCCUGCUUUUGCCUACCUGGUCGAAGGCCUGUUGGGACUUGUCAUCAUUUUUGCCGCUCUUCUCUUAUGCGUUUCCAUGGCCAGACCCCGGAACCUGUCGUCGAACCCGGCAACCAUAGGAUCCAUGAUGGCUCUUGUUGCUGAGCAGGAAGGGUUGCUUUCAUUUUUGAAGAGUCAUGAUCAAUCAACGGAUAAAGAGCUGAGGAAUGCGGUCAAGAAGAAGAGAUUUGAACUAGCAAAACCCGGUGCAACUAGUGGGUUCCAGCUGCAGUUGAGGGAUCACGACACAGGUCUGGAGAAUCGAGCUACAACCGACUUGAGCAGGUCUUCUCCAUUCGUCGGCGGUGUGAGGCCUCUGGAGUUGCGCCUGGCAACCGGCCUUGUCUUCAUUGGCAUGAACAUUGCUAUGCUCAUUGUCUUUGCUUUUUAUUUUGUUAAGUCGAAGCGGGAGAAUGGACUGCCCCUUCCAUCGACCAACCGGUUCGUCCGCCAGCUGGUGGAGAACUACAUUCCUACCGCGAUAGCAACCGUCAUCGAGCCCGCGUGGGUUGUGCUCAACCGCAUCCUCUGUACGCUUCAGCCAUUCGAAGACCUCCGCCGGGGCAAGUCGAAUCCCUCUAGCUCCAUCACAGUCGACUACAUUUCCCUACCACCACAGCUUAUCUUCUUCAAAGCGAUGAGGGCGCGCCAUUGGGUUCUAGCUUCUGUCUGCUGGAUGGCCCUUUUGUCUAACCUUUUGGCUGUAGCUUUCAAUGGCUUGUUCAACGAAGGCAUUGCCGAUGUGGCGCAUAGCACCAACUUCACUCAACCCCUCCGACCUAUCAUGGACAUCACUGCUCUUAACAACACUGACACAGGCUUCGAGACAGUUCUGUUCAAUCGUACAGUCACGGAUCACUUCUACGUCGCCAUGUCAAACUUGACGGCCGGAACGCCACUAUCUUCCUGGACCGAUGGGCGCAUGUAUUACAUGCCGUUCAAUGAGACGGCGCACAACAACACUUGGAUGCGCAAAGCUGACACGAGAGCUUUUGGGGUUGAGAUGUCCUGCAUACAGCUGCAGGAGGGAGAGGGGUCGAAUACAGUCCAGCACACGAUGAGCUCAAACGGCCUGGCCGCCAAUUACACCUUCGACAUCAACUUUGGUGACCAGCUACCAACCUGCAACGAACGUCUGGAGAUUGGUUACGGAGGAAUCCCAAACAGUAUCUUCGCCGCUGAAUGGACCGCACGCCUAUGCGACAGCGAAUACACCGUGUCGGCAUGGCAGAGAGGAAACGCCACCCGACGGGAGAACUACACCGUUACCGACGAAGACAUCUCGACCGUCACCUUCCACUCGUUUGAGUCGACCUUCAUCGCAUGCCGACCGUACAUCAAGACUGGCUUGGCGGAAGUCAUCGUUGACAGCUUUGGAGUUGUCCAGAAUGCAUCCAAUAUCCGAUAUACUGACGAAUCCUCAGACGAGUUCUUCAAGCAAUCAGCCUCGGAAACGGCCAAAUACAUCAACUACAUGAUGGACUACAGUCGAAACUUGAGCGACAGUGGCACAUUUGCGUUCAACUGGCAUAACGAUUCCUAUCCAGAUGACUUUUACAAUUACCUGAUCAGGGAGACAUACGACACGAGCCGGCUGAUCGACCCCAUCGCGCCCGUUCCAUCUUUCAACGAAGCGGCGGAACCGUUCGCCAACAUCUACACGGAACUCGUGGCGCUGUCUUUCAGCGCCAAUGCUCGCCUGUUGUUCCCACAGGCAACGGACCUCACCGUGGAAGGCUACAACAUCAAACCGGAGACGCGCAUCUUCAUGUCCACGGCCAUGUUCAUCAUUGCUGAAACCAUCAUCGGCCUGUAUGUCAUCGUCUCGAUCAUUGUCUACGUUCGCCGUCCCUGGAAGUUCUUGCCGCGGCUGCCGACCACCAUCGCCUCCAAUAUCGCAUAUUUCGCCGCGAGCCACGCUGUGCUUGAUCUUCAGGGGACGUCGGCGAUGUCGGCAGGCGGUCGGAACAAGCACGUCCAGCAGAUGGGUCACAAAUAUGGAUUCGGGUCGUUCAUCGGGACGGAUAGGAAGGCGCACAUCGGGAUCGAGCGACAGCCGUUCUUCACAAGGUUGAGGAAGACGACAACGGGCCAACUAACAUCAGGGUCGGAGUCUGAGGAGGAAGGCAGGGGCGGCGCGGUGGCGGAGCAGCAGCAGCAGCAGCAGCAAGAGAAGAAGCCAUGGUCAACAAGACUCGCUCACCUGAAGAACAGACUGGUGGGCCGAGGCCAAGUGGUCGAGGGUGGAAUGAUCUAA